UUUUUUUGUAAUAUUGAAAUGUAGAAAAUCAUCGAUUGCUUUAUAGAGAACAACCACAGAAUUUACUUUUCUUUACUUCUGCAAGGUGUUUCAAGAGAUACUAACGGUUGGAGGUCACCCUGUUUUGUGUGCCGUGCUAACUUCAAAAUUGUGUUGUGUGAGUCAGGGACAGGCUUGAGAGAGGAUGUCAAAUAUGUUCAGUAACUAUUUUGGUGGAGGUUCUGGUUCUGAAACUAGUCGAUUUGUGGGGCAGGUGGUUGACCUGGGUGACGGCCACAAACUCAAGAUCAAGAAAGUCAUUGCCGAAGGUGGCUAUGGAUACGUGUUCAUUGCACAGGACAUCAAAACGGGCGAGGACUUUGCCCUCAAGAGGCAAGUCGUGUCUAGAGAGAACGUGAAGGUCAUAAAGAAGGAAAUAGCUUUCCUGAAACAGCUGGGCCAACACCCUCACAUCAUCCAGUACGUAGCUUCAGCCGGGUGUCCGCCCACCCAGACCUCCCAUGGCAACGCAGAGUUCCUCAUUCAGACUGAGCUGUGUACAGGGGGUCCCCUCGAGGCCGUGUUGAAGUGCACAGUGCUGACCCCCCAGCAAGUACUGAGGGUGUUCUAUGCCACCUGCUCUGCUGUGGCCGCCAUGCACUCCCAGAGCCCACCCAUCAUUCACAGAGAUGUCAAGAUUGAGAACCUCCUGCUGAGCGGAGAAGGUGUGAUCAAGCUGUGUGACUUUGGGUCGGCCACCACCCAACAGGUGAACCCUGACCCCUCCUGGUCCGCCACUCAGAGGGGCCUAGCAGAGGAUGAGAUCAACCGUAACACCACGCCCAUGUACCGCUCCCCUGAGAUGAUAGACCUGUACAGCAACCACCCCAUCAACCAGAAGGCGGACAUCUGGGCACUGGGCUGUCUACUGUACAUGCUCUGCUUUAGAACACACCCCUUUGAGGACUCGGCCAAACUGAGGAUCAUUAACGCCAACUACAAGAUUCCCCCUGAGGACACAGUCUACAUCAUGUUCCAUCACAUCAUCAAGUCGUGUCUGUCAGUGGACCCGUCUCGCCGUCCCUCUGUGGAUGAGAUCACGGCACAACUGUUCACAGUGUCGGACACUCUGAGGGAGGACCUGGAGAGACCUUGCUCUGACCUCCUGGAACGUGUGCAGCCGACACCAGCUCCCAUUGAUGCUGCCGCCACGGCUGAUGGGAAGCCCACAUGGGCAACGUCAACAAGUCACCAGGCACACAAACUGUUUGGGUUCAUGAAAGAGGGGGCAGGGUCUCUGUUCAAGAACAUCAAAGACUCGUCCUCUAAGAUUAUGGAGAGCAUGUCCAAUGCCUCCAAGCGACCUCUGGAUGUCUCUUAUAUCACCUCAAGAAUAUUAGUGAUGUCACGUCCCCAUAACGACCAGCUGGAUGAGGUGAAGGUGUGGCUUGAUGAGAGACACCCGUCAGGUUACCUUGUGUUCAACCUGUCAGGGGACAGCUACGAUCCUAACAAACUCGGAAAUCAGGUGUACGACUUUGCGUGGCCUCCCCGAGGUACCCCAGAGCUGGAGAAGCUGGUGGACCUGUGUCGCAGUAUGGAUGCAUGGUUGAGGGCAGACAGGCAGAAUGUCAUUGUCAUCCACUGUCAUGAUGGUAUGAUGGUAACCUCCAUCAUGGUCUCCUGCUACCUCCUGUUCCUGGGGCUGGUCAACAACCCGGCAGUGGCACUCAAACUGUUCUGGAAGAGAAGGAACCCAACCGCACCAAGUCUGGGCUCCCCCUCGCAGAUGAGGUAUCUCCAUCACAUAGUGCAGUUGGUGGACAGGGACUUCCCCUACAAGCCACACCCCCACAAGCUCCAGCUCAGCGUGCUCAGACUGAGCUCUGUACCACUCUUCAAUGCCAUCAGAACUGGAUGCAAACCAUUCGUGGAGGUGUACCAAGAUGGGGAGAGGGUUUACACGUCAGCCACUCAUGAUUCACUCGACAAGAUACGCAGUUUCCAUAACGAUGACAGAGAGGUUGAGAUCCCGCUAGGGGUCGGAGUUCGUGGUAACGUGGUGCUCGUAGUGCACCAUGUACGUGCCAUUCCAGUAGCCAGGAAAGCAGGACUGGGCAUGACAGCGGUGCGUAUGUUCCAGCUGCAGUUGCACACUGGGUUCCUGGACCCCUACACCAAGUCUUUCGUCAUGGAGAGACAUGACAUCGAUGGUUCCAGUGUCAAGAAGGUAGACAAGUUUCCAUCCCCAUUCCGGGUCACACUGGAGGUGGAAUGGGAACGUGAAUCAGACACUGGUCACAGAGCAGCCUCGUGGCAAAACCUGCCCUACCCAAAGGCCACACCCCUCACCUGUUUCUCAUCACGAAAUGAAGAGCAAGAAGUGCUCAAACUGCUCGUUGAUACUGACAAUGAAAAGACGUCAUCUCCACGCCACACACAGCUCCACCCCUCCACACGCUCACAACAACCCACACACAAACCCGAUGAAGAGAGUACGAGUGCAGGUGGCGGGAACCUCGUAAAGUUACAAAGUGAUCGCGUCCCUUCGUCCGAAACCCCGGCAGCUGCUCACCAACAAUUGCAUCAAAAGGACGAAUUUUUCUCACAGAUACAUUGGCAGAAACAAGAAGCAGAAAUGGCUGGCUACACCGCAUUCCGAGACCCGAACGAGGAAUCGGAUUCUGACUCGAGUUCCUCUGGGUCUGAUUCCAGUUCUGAUGACGACAUUAAUGCAAUUAGACCACCUCCUUCAAACGUGCAAGGUAACGAAGGAUUGAUUGCGAACUUUGGAGCUUUUGAUGACAGGCAGAACCCUCCCCAAAAUACACCAACCGAAGGAAAAUUACUUGAUUUCUCUUUCUCAGAUGACAAUGUUCCAAGUGCUUCCAAAACUACCAACCCACCCCCUUCACAGGCGACCAAUCAGUUUGAUCCGUGGUCAGCCCAGUUUACUAGUAAACCAGACAUAGAAGUGAGCAAUCUCUUGGGACUAGAUGAUUUGAAUGAUAGCUCUAGAGUUUCAGACGUUCAAUCAAAAGUGACUGCAGCUGGAGCGGAACAGUUUUCUAAUCAGAUUGAGAAAAUGGGCAAAGAAAAGACUACCUCUGAUUCAAAUCAGUUUGACCCCUUUGGUAUGAUGUCAUCAGAGAGUUCGUCAACUCAAAAAACGGCAUUUGAAUUGCUUAUGGCGGACUUAGGACCAUCACUCCCCACACCACCCUCACAACCUACGCCCACUACACCCUCACAAACGUUCGACCCUUUUGAUCCCCUAGGCACAUUCAACCAAACGCAAGAUGCAACCAAAGUUGCUCGUAACACUUCCACUCCUGGCACCAGCUCAAACUUUCUACCCGUUAACCCACCAACUACCCAAUUUUCCUCGAAUGCAUUCAGUCACUCCCAACCAAACCUUUCAGGGGGCAAUGGGCAACAAACGACGACUAGUGGUUUUGGCAAUCGAGGGUCUGCGUCCCAUAACACCUCUCCGUUGAAUACCUCGCCUCGUACCAGUCCGAUUCCAUUCGGCUCAACUGGAAAUGUAUCUCAAGAUCCGUUUGGUCAGUUCAACCUCCAGCAGAUGACAGGAAGUAGACCACCACCCUCCAGACAACCUGCACCUACACAGUCAGCAAUGGCACAAAAACCACCUCAUCCAACGUACACACCGUUUUAUAUGCAGAAAAACAACACAUCCAAUUCCCAAUCUCAGAACCAAAAUGGACAGAAUCGAAGUUCGAAUCCAUCUCGGUCCAAUUCCAAGUCCCCUAAUGCCCAGCAGCCUGCUCCUGCUCAGCAGCGAUCCACCUCUCCCAGGCAGCCAAAUUACAAUCCCACCUUCUCUGCACCCGCGUCAAAGACAGGGAUGCCUCAGAAGCCUAAGAACAAUGCUUUUGGAGACCUACUGGGGCCGGGGUUCAACCCUGGGAGCAGCAACGAACCCAGGACCCUCAAGGCCAUGAAGAACACUGACAAUGUGAUACUGGACCCUGACAGGGCUAAGGUGUCAGCGUGGGCAGAUCGUAAAGAGAGGAACAUACGAGCCCUCAUCAGCUCACUACACGAGAUCCUGUGGGAGGGGGAGACGAGAUGGGCUCCAGUGGGCAUGCACAAACUUGUUCAACCAGAUCAGGUGAAAAAGUUCUACAGGAAGGCCUGCCUCUCUGUUCAUCCAGACAAGGCUCAGGACACUGAUCAUGAGAACCUAGCUAGAGCCAUAUUUGAUGAACUCAAUGAUGCUUACUCAAGAUUCGAGGAGUCUGGAUCGCAAGCCUUGUUCUAAUUAAAGGUGCACGAACACACAGACUUAUAAUAUUGAACAACACUUAUUUAUUAAUUUUGCAUUGCUGAAUUUUCUAGACAGAAGGCUUCUAUAUUUUCAUUCUCUCGUAGCUAUGCACGUAGAUCACAUGAUUGGUUGUAUCACCCAGUGCAUGCUUGUACAAAUUGGUAAUUAAUAGAGUUCUGGUUUUGUAUGUCAUUUGUUGAAAGUUUGUCGUUAUGUGGCUUUUGUUUGAAUAUCUACUCUAAA